GGGCUUCCUGCCCGUGGCGGCCGGGACGCGCCGCCCAAGAUGGCGGUGACGCGGUACCGGCGCUUCUUGAAGCUCUGCGAGGAGUGGCCCGUGGAGGAAACCAAGCGUGGGCGGGACUUGGGCACCUUUUUGCGGCAGCGGGUGGCGCAGGCCUUCCGGGAGGGAGAGAACACGCAGAUUGCUGAUCCAGUGACCUGUGAUGAAAUGUUUGAGAGUCUAGCUAGAAUCCAUACCAACCAUUAUAAAAACAAGUAUCCACGUUUGAAAGAUACCAGCUUCACUGGAGUGUCGGUGGAAGAAUGCAAGAUGGUCCUUGCAACCGAUAGUUUGAAACAGAUGGAAGAAGCAAAGAAAGGAAAAUGGUCCAAACUGCGUGAGAAGUUCUCUGCCAAGGCUCCUGAGGAAGAUUCCAAGUGAUAAUUUCAGUGUUUACAAAUCACUAUAC